AUGGCGCUAUACUCCGCAAUUCGCAGAGCUUCUAAGUCCACAAUUCCUCUUACACUUCGCUCCGUUGCUACUGCCACAGCUUCCACCGUCGGAAAUGGCCAUUGCGGCGGUGCUUCUAGAAGCUUCUCGAUUCCGGCGCUUCAUUACUCCACCAGCGCAGUCAAGAAGAAGAGAAAACACAGCUCUUUUGAUGAUAUUCUGCUCCAAAUCGUCGAUUCGGAAAUCAAAUUUGCCAUAGAUUCUGAAUUUCACGACUGCGUUGUGGACAUCCCGGAUGACUUUCCUUUUAAGGUUCAAGAUAAAGCAGGAAAAAGAGUUAUUGUUCUUACGAGAGAUUAUGGUGAAGAGACCAUAAAUAUAGUAGUGGACAUGCCUAAUUCCAGAUGUGAAAAUGUUGAAGGUGAUGCGGUUAACAGUGAGGAAGAGAGUGAGCCACAACCUAGUAUUCCAUUGUCUGUCACUGUGUCAAAAGAAAAUGGCUUGUCACUAGAGUUUGAUGUGAGAGCUUUUCCAAAUAAAAUUUCAAUUUGUGGCAUGUCCAUCAAGGAGCCAAAAAGUUCGAGCAAUCAGCUAAACUAUAGAGGGCCUGCUUUCUCAUUUCUAAAUGAAAGUCUUCAGAAGUCUGUCUAUGAAUAUCUUGAAGCCAGAGGGCUGACGGGCAGCACUGCUAACUUUAUGCUGGAGUAUGUAAUUAGCAAAGACACCAAGGAAUAUAUCCGGUGGCUUAAAAACAUCAAGAAUUUUGUCGAGAACUAGCAUCCUUUUUCAUGGAUAUUUAGAACCUGGUGAGCCUAACUGUUUUCAUUUCGAGUUAUUAGUAAUAUAUCAAUGAUUUCUAUCUUUUACUUUUCUAGUUGAUGGUGUUCUGGUGUUUUUACUAAAGAAACAUUGGGCUAAUGUCAGAUGAUAGACGAUGAUGGAUGGAACGUCAAAGUUGGU